UCAUCUCCUUCUUUCAGACCCUUACUCCCAACUCCGAAGUUCUUCUUACGUGUUUUCGGGGUGGAAGAGGAGUAUUUAAGGGAUCUGGGAGUCGGAUCUAGGAUGGAGGUUCUCCUGGGACUGAAGCUGGAUGAGAUGGCGUCUUGGAGAGAAUGAGGAGGCGAGAGAGUCACAGGACCGGUGUUUCUUUCCAGGAUUUGACCAGCCUUCACUUUAAGGAGUCUCAGCCCCAGGAAGGAAGAUGUCUGAUGAUGAGGAUUUGGAAGAAUAUGAUACAGACCAGGAUGAACCAGAGGAGGAAAAAGAGAAUAAAGAGGCAGAAGAAGGGGAAGAGAAGGAGGGAGGGGAAGAAGCUGAAGAGUUCAUCCCCAAUCCCAUCACAGAGGACACAAUGAAAGAAGGUCUCUCUUUGCUCUGCAAGACAGGCAGUGGACUCUCCCAUGCUUAUGUGAAGCUGGAGGCCAAAGAUAAGGAACUGACUGACAUUUCUCUGCUGUCCUCCUACAUCCACCUCCGUUACGUGGAUCUGUCUGGGAACCGGCUGUCGGACUUGUCGCCACUCAACCACCUGACUCACCUACUCUGGCUCAAGAUUGACCACAACCGGCUCCAGAGUGCCCGGAUGUCAGAGCUGCCCUACUUGCAGAUUGCCAGCUUUGCCUACAACCAAAUCACUGACACCGAAGGCAUCGGCCAUCCCAGAUUGGGCAGCCUGGAUCUCAAAGGAAACAACAUCAAGAAGAUAACAGGCCUGGAUCCCCAAAAGCUGGGGAACCUGCACACAUUAGAGCUCCGAGGGAACCAGCUGGAGAGUACACUGGGACUGGAACUCCCCAAGCUGAAGAACCUCUUCUUGGCCCAGAACCAGGUGAAGACAAUAGAAGGAAUUGAAGGACUGAGUUAUCUAACCACGUUGCAUCUUCGGGACAACCAGAUCAGUUCUCUGACUGGCUUCUCUCGUGAAAUGAAGUCUCUGCAGUACCUCAACCUUCGGGGGAACGUGGUGACAAACCUAACAGAAUUGGUUCGUCUGAAAGAUUUGCCCCGACUUCGGGCCCUGAUCCUGUUGGAGAACCCAUGUACAGAUGAAAAUGACUACAGGCAAGAAGCCCUGAUACAGAUACCCCAACUGGAACGGCUGGACAAGGAAUUCUAUGAGGAAGAAGAACGGGCAGAGGCUGAUGAAAUCAGACAGAGGAUAAAGGAAGAGCAAGAGCAGGACAUGGAACAGGACCUGGAUCAGUUUGGACAUAAGGAGGACCCCGAUGAAAUUGUGGUCUGAGGCACCAGUGUGUGUGAUACUGAUCUUCUCAUCACUUUCUUCUUUCCCUUGGAAAGACCAUAUCCUUAGUCCAUCCUUGGAGGAAGUGGUCCCAUUCAUUCCUCCUCCCCCUGGAUCCCAGGAGUUGGAAGCACCUUCAGCUCAGGAUCUGUGAAAGGAGUGAUAAAGAAAGCAGAGAAAAGAAGGAAGGCAGACCUAGAGAGAAUUCCUUGUUUUGCACUUUUAUUUUUAUUUUUUUUUCUCAGCAGAACUGGUGGGGGUAUUGGGGAAGAGGGAGGUAGAACAGUCAGAUAGCUUAACAGGAUCCAGGCAAACCUGAAAGGGGAAGGGACAGACCUAGGGGAAUUUAAACACUGGUCUGGUAAAAC